UCACUCAACAAACAAGAAAAAAGAUUACAAAGGGAAGAAGAGAUGGGGAAGGGUGGGAUGUCUCAUGGAAACACCGACGAGGGUAAAGAAGUAAACAUGGCGGCUUGGCUUCUCGGCAUUAACGAUAUCAAGAUUCUUCCUUUCAACCUCCCUCCUCUUGGAGCUCAUGAUGCUAGAAUCAGAAUGAAAGCUGUGGGUAUCUGUGGAAGUGAUGUUCACUACCUCAAGGCGAUGAAAUUAGCGGAUUUUAUCGUGAAGGAGCCGAUGGUGAUCGGGCACGAGUGUGCUGGCAUUAUCGAGGAAGUUGGUGCGGAAGUGAAGCACCUUUUACCCGGUGACCGAGUCGCCAUAGAACCAGGUAUAAGUUGUUGGAGAUGUAACCUUUGCAAAGACGGCAGAUAUAAUCUCUGCCCGGAAAUGAAGUUCUUCGCCACUCCACCUAUCCACGGUUCCCUCGCUAAUCAGAUUGUGCAUCCAGCGGACUUAUGUUUUAAACUUCCGGAGAAUGUGAGUUUGGAGGAAGGUGCAAUGUGCGAGCCGCUGAGUGUUGGAGUUCAUGCGUGUAGACGUGCAAAUGUGGGGCCCGAGACGAAUGUGCUUGUGAUGGGGGCGGGCCCCAUUGGGCUCGUGACAAUGCUUGCUGCUCGUGCUUUUGGAUCUCCGAGGAUUGUUAUUGUGGAUGUUGAUGAUCACCGCCUGUCGGUUGCUAAGGAGCUUGGUGCGAAUCAAACUGUCAAAGUUUCCACUAAUUCUAAUGAUUUACGUGAUGAAGUGGAGAGAAUUAAGGAAGCAAUGGGGGGUGGAAUCGACAUAAGUUUCGACUGUGCGGGGUUUAGCAAAACAAUGUCGACAGCGCUAGGCGCCACUUGUUCUGGUGGGAAAGUUUGUCUUGUCGGAAUGGGCCAUACAGAGAUGACUGUCCCUCUUGCUCCAGCUGCCGUCAGGGAGGUAGAUGUUGUCGGAAUAUUCCGGUACAAGAACACGUGGCCGCUGUGCAUAGAAUUUCUGCAGAGUGGAAAGAUAGAUGUGAAGCCGUUGAUCACACACAGGUUUGGAUUCUCACAGAAAGAGGUUGAAGAUGCAUUUGAAACCAGUGCACUUGGUGGUACUGCUAUCAAAGUUAUGUUUAAUCUCUAACAUCAUAACCAGCUAUAUACAUUGUGUCUGAAUAAAUGUUGUUUUUUUUUUCUUUCGUUUUGGAAUAAUGAACGAGCUCGAACAAAAGUUCAGAUGUUAAAACAUGAAUUGUCGUGUUCUUUCGAAAUCAGUUUCAUAUAUGUGCGUAGGCAAGAUUUGAAUCUAGCCUUUCUUUCA